AUGACAGGAAUAUCAAAUGUUCAGGAGGUAUUGAUAACUCUGUUUUAUCACCUACCUCAAAAAAAAACAAAGCAAAUAAAAGCUUCUGAUGAAGAAAUUUAUAUUAAAGAGUUUGACACAGUCAAACAGGAUUUAGAUCAGUUACAGAGUGAAACUUCAAUUUCAUCAUUAAAUCAGACUAGAUCAAAGUACUAUAACACUAUCCACUAUCCCAAAUUUGCUUUAGAGGUAAUUAAAUAUGGAAUAUCAGAUAAAGCAGCUGCUGCCGUAGCUAAUGCUCUACUUCAAGAUAUUGGUUAUCUACAUCUAAAUGAUGUAAUUGAUCCAAGUAAAAUGAAGAGAGAGAAAGAACGAGUAUGCUUUAAUGCUAGUUUUGAGCAAUCUAAAGUUUCAAAUAUAAAGGCAAUUGGUUUGGAUAGCAAACGUAAUAAAAACUCAUUGGUUUAUGAACAGAGAGAUAUUGAUAGUGAAAUAAAACUUUGUAAAUCUACCAGCACUGUAGACCACUUGACAUUCACAAUUGAAUCAGGCCCUAUUUGUCAUGCAAGGUGGCUGACAACAGCAGUACGGAUCUUGGCACUAUACACAAGAACAAUCAAUCCCAGUGGAGAGCUUAAAAUCUUUGUUGAAUAUAUUCAAACAGUAUAUACUCCUAUGUGGUUUAAUACCAAAAAGUCUAAGAGUUUCACAGAAGGUUCUAAACUCGUUUUCCGAUUUAUUCAGCGGAUUUUAAGGUUGGAUACUGAAGUUCAAAAUAUUACAUUGCCCGUAAUUUAUAGAAACUCUUUUUGUCUCCAACGUGAGAAUUUUAUUGCUGCUCUACUUUAUUCUGAAGAACAGGUUUAUAGAACAAUUGCUGUUGUUAAGAUUUUGGAAACAAGAAAAACACUAAUUAAGGAUCCUAAAAAUGGAUUAAAAGAUGGCAUUAGGGUUAAUGCCAUUCCAGUUAUUGAUUGUAGAUGUAAAAACUGGUCAAAAUUAGUAAAUUUGUAUGAUAUAGACUGUUUUGAACCCCCUUGUUUGGAAGAUAUAUCAAAUGAGGAGCUUUUGAAUAAAAUUCACUUGCUAAAUAAAAUGUCUACAAAAUCAAAAGGAGCAUAACAAAAUCUUGUUUUUUUGGGUGUGUGUGUGUGGGUGGGGGGAUGGGAAUUGCUAACACCUGCCCCCCCCCUCCCAUCUAGUCACCACCCGUAAAAAUAGUUUUCUUCUUUUGCUUCUGUAUAU